ACUCGAGAGACUGAUUUUACUUCAAAGUGGCUGGUCCAGAUUUGAUACUCUGUAAAACUUACACGUUUCUCUUAAAUUUUGAAUUAGUUCGGAAGAUAUUUUGCAGUAUUUUGCACAUUUCGCUCCGUUAUCUUCCGUGACAGUGGGAACAAUCAUCCUCGACGUUGACGUGGUCAGUUUGCGUGUCCCGACUUGGAGUGACGGCUGUGCAGUCCUAUGAUUCCUCCUAAACAAUUUUUUUUUUUUUGCACUGGCCCUCUUUUUCUAACAAACUAUUACGCUAACUUUAGUUCUAACCUAUUUUACACCUCUGUCGGAAGUUGAAGACAAAGCCGGAGCUCAAGAUGUCGGUAGCGGGCUUCAAGAAGCAGUUUUAUAAAGCCAGCCAGCUGGUAAGUGAGAAAGUCGGAGGUGCAGAAGGAACCAAACUAGAUGAUGACUUCAGAGACUUGGAACGGAAAGUAGAUGUGACGAGUAAAGCGGUAAUGGAGGUAAUCUCCAAAACAUCAGAGUACCUUCAGCCCAACCCAGCAUCACGGGCCAAACUGUCCAUGUUGAACACCAUGUCUAAGAUCCGCGGCCAGGUGAAGAACCCGGGCUACCCUCAGGCCGAGGGGCUGCUGGGGGAAUGUAUGGGCAAGUAUGGACGGGAUCUCGGAGAGGACACUAACUUUGGCGGAGCGCUAGUAGAUGUUGGAGAGUCCAUGAAGAGAAUGGCCGAAGUCAAAGACUCCCUAGAUAUCGAUGUCAAACAGAACUUCAUUGACCCGUUGCAAGGGCUCUGUGACAAAGACCUCAGAGAAAUACAGCAUCAUCUGAAGAAGCUGGAAGGACGCCGCUUGGACUACGAUUACAAGAAAAAGCGCCAGGGCAAGAUUCCAGAUGAGGAGCUGCGGCAGGCCCUGGAGAAGUUUCACGAGUCAAAGGAAGUGGCUGAGACGAGCAUGUACAACCUGCUGGAGACUGAUAUAGAGCAGGUGAGCCAGCUCUCCUCCCUGGUGGAGUCUCAGCUGCAGUACCACAGGCAGGCGGUGCAGGUGCUGGAGGAGCUUUCUGACAAACUCAGAGACAGGAUGAGUGAUGCUCAGACUCGCCCAAGACGUGAAUACACACCUAAACCCAAACCUAUCUUCGACUUCGGAGAAGAUAACCAUUCAAAUGGCGGAUUCUCAACUUCAAUGGCCCCCCCACCUUCACGCAAUUCAGCCCCUGAGCAGCCGAGCUGUAAGGCGCUGUACGACUUUGAUCCCGAGAACGAGGGAGAGCUGGGCUUCCGUGAGGGCGAUAUCAUCACCCUGACCAACCAGAUCGACGAGAACUGGUACGAGGGCAUGCUGAACAACCAGUCGGGAUUCUUCCCUCUCAACUACGUUGACGUCCUCGUCCCGUUGCCACACUAAUCUAAAGCAAGAUAAGGAGGAGACUGAUGGAGAGGAGGAGGGCAGAGCAAGUAGAUUAAGCAGAGAGAAAGGAAAGCGAUUCCAAGGGACGGUCCGCAGAAUAUUCAUUUUCACCUUCAGCUCCAACGUCGCCAUCACAGACAAAGCGCUUUUUUGUCAUAUGGAGUCCUGGAGAGUCACAAUUCAAAGUCCAGACCAGGAUUAAACCCUGUUCCACACAAAGGUAAACGGCUCUGAGAUGGACACAAAAUGUCAUCACGCGUUUCCCUGGCAGUCAGAAACAUUUCCUGAGGACGAACUGAUACACAUUUCUAAGAAUUACACGUCUUUUUACCACAAAUUAGUGAUAUCAGAAAGAUGACUGUAUAAAAUCAGGUGAUUAUUACGGGGUGAUACAUUCACAUCAUCCUCUUUUUUUACGUGCCUGCAGUCUGUUUCAAAACUCAGGUUAGUAACCAACCUAACAGUCAGUUUUCAGACUGAAGAGGCAAGCCUCAGUAAAUACCAGUUGUUUUUUGACUGAAUAUUGUCCUCAUUUCUGGCCUGGAGUUCAUGUCUUGAUGCCACCUGCUGGUGAGAUUAAGUGUUACCUUUACCUAAACUAAAAUGGAACCACACACAGCUAGAUUUGGAGUUUAUCUAGCAGAAACAUUGCAUUUGUUUAUUAGAAACAAGAAGAAAUUGUCCUCAUAUUUUCCGGGUUGGGGCUAUUUGUAAUGCCCCUUUUAAAAGAUCAAAGUCUAAGCUAUUUCCUGAUUAUAGCUUCAAAAGACAACAGGCUUCAUACAGUGGUGUCCUUAUUUUAUUUCAGUUUUUUGUUUCUGUAGUAUCAACUUACUACAGUACUUUCAGAAGUAGAACUGCUUACUGAAUAUGUGAGAACUUGUUGUAAUUGCACCUUGCUCCUCAAAUGAGAUUGAUGUGUGUGUGUGUGUGUGUGUGUGUGUGUGUGUGUGUGUGUGUGUGUGACAGACUUUACUCCACCAUUACACACGGACCCAAAGUUUAAAUGCAGACGUUGCACCUUUUUGUCGCUCGAGGCAGGCGUGUGUUCGUCGUCUAGAGAUGCAGGAUGAUUAUUUGUUUGGUGGUCGUCUGAUAGUCUGUUCGAUGGAGGAGACAGAGCCAAAAAGUUUUUAUAAAAUGCAAUAGAAACAUCGCUCGGUGCGCCGGUUUGUUCAAAGUAUUCUGUAACAUAGCCAUAUAUUCAUUUAGUUUUGGACCUGUUUGCCUCAGCAUGUUCAGCCUUGUUUUCUUAUAUUGGUCUGUUGAUCCGUUUUAGGCGCCUGAAUAUCGAUUACACUGCUGGUCGGUGUUUCAUAUUCAUCACUUAGUGUCCCACUAUUUCCUGUCUAUUGUCUUUGAUAAUGUGAAACUCCUCUGUGCUUCGUUACUUCCUCUGACCCUGUGAUUCUGGUGAUGGACAAUGUUCUUAAAAAAAAUAAAUUUAUUUGUCAGUACGUUGGGCUGAUGUACAGCAGACAGGCGAGGUUUCUGUUUAGCUAGUCUAUUCCGACAAGGCUGGUUUCUUGUUCUGGAUUUAACCACACCUGCAGAAUCUAACCCAACACACACUGUACAUUAUGAGGGAAAGACCUGGAGUGAAAGGGAAAACAUCAAGGGAAAAAUAAUUGUCCAUUUUGACUAGAUUUGGAGACUCUUGUUACUAAACAUGAAGCGUAUCGUUGGUCAAGCUGAUUAUGAUUUGUCUGGAGGAAAAAACGUUUUAGGUGUGAUUGACAAAUGUGUGCUCCUCACUGUUUGUUCCCUAAUUAUAAUCUGUGUUUGUCCAUCACUCCGCCAAACACUUCCCCCGCUCCUCCGUCUGGUCCUUGUCUAAUAUGUUUACAUCUCUGUUCUUACUACUUUUCAAUGUUUGUAUCAAGUUCAGGGUAAAGGACUGCAGGAGGUGCUGUCUGGGUCUCACUGUUAUCAACACGUCCUUGAUAGCUUUGUUUUAGUGCCUUUUGGAAAAAUGGGAAAGGAGGGGAAAGUACCACAACUAAUCCAGCAACCAAAACCUAACCUAGCCCCUUAAGAACAGGGUCAAGAUUUCUUUUUCUACUUUUUAUUUCUAGCCGUUGGCACUUCCUGUGUAAAGAUGAAAUGCAUGUGUGCUCAUUUCUGCACAUUUGUGACACUACAGGCAGUUUCCCGGACUCGUGUUGUUUAGACUAAUGUGAGCUUUAUCAGCGGAAACUGCUUUUUCAUGUAGAUUUUAAUCCAUGUUUGGAUAAAAUGUCCCUCUGAUUAUUUGUUUAAAGGGCUAUGUAUUUGAUUAAUCAGUCUUAAGUGCUCUUUUGAACAGCGUUAAAUCAUUCUGGCUCUAUAUAGUAUUAUUUUUUAUAUACAAGACCUAAAACAUUUAAAUUAAUCUUUGCAUGUAGUCCUAUAUUACACCGUGUACAUGUAUGUCUUUAGAUUUAAGUCGCCUUUUCCCUGUCGGUAUGAGUACAGACUUUAACAGCAAUAUUUUGUCUUUUAUUAUCAAAGUAUUUGUACCUGCUUCUUUCUUGUCCUGUCCCGACCCCUUCUUACAAUAAAUAAAAAAGAAAAAUGUA